AUGGGCAACCUCACCAGCGUCACGGAAUUCCUCCUCAUGGGCAUCUCACACUCUCAGGAGCUGCAAAUUCUGCAAGGUCUGCUAUUCUUACUGCUCUACCUGGGAGCCCUGGCUGGAAAUCUGACCAUCACCAUCAUUGUGACAGACCCACGCCUCCACUCGCCAAUGUACUUUUUUAUCAGCAACGUAUCCCUCAUUGACCUCUGUAGCAUUUCAGUUAUUGUUCCCAAAUUGAUUGUAAAUUCCCUGACAGGCAGGAAGUCAAUUUCACUCAAGGAAUGUGCUGCUCAGAUUUUCCUAUAUCUUUCCUUUGCAUUUACAGAGCUUGCCUUCCUUGGGGUGAUGUCUUAUGACGGCUAUGUAGCCAUUUGCUACCCUUUGCACUAUGCGUUGACCUUCACCCCGCGUCUGCGCUGCACACAGGCGGUCGGCAGCUCGGGCGGCAGCGGGCUGGUGUUUUCUGCUGUCCACACUGGGACCGUGUUCAGACUUCCCUUCACAAGGUCCAAUGUGAUCAAUCAAUGUUUCUGCGAUGUACCGCAAUUUAUGAGAAUAUCAUCUCCAGAAGUUAACUUUUCUGAAUCUAUUUCUUCAACAGAAGCCCGCAAAAAAGACUUAUCCACCUGUACCCCACAGCUGGUCAUUCUUCUCGUGUUUGUAUUUUCUGGAUUGAUUGCUUCCUUAGGUCCCAUUGCAAAGGAAGCAACCCUUAAAAACCUGCUGGUUGCCAUGUCCUACACCAGGGUGCCCCCGCUCCUAAACCCCGUGCUCUACAGCCUGCGGAACCACGAGAUCAACACGGCGCUCGGCAGGAUGCUCAGCAGGCGCCUUGAGAAGAGGAAACUGACCACGGAAGAGGUUAAAGGUUUUUCCAAGAUCCGUGGUUGGUUGGAGGAAGAGUCAAGGCCGGAAAACUACCUGCAUUGA